UCGACGACAACGAUUUCGACGUCACACGAAAGAAGAAGGGGCCAAACCGACACAGAUUGUCAGAGAUGCCUGGGCUCGAUCAACCGCCCGCCCAGCUGGAGCUGCUGACGUUUUUGAGCGACAGUAAUGCGCAGGUGCGGCAGGUGGCGUUGUCGAACCUGGUCGGGUUCAGCGCCAAGACGAGCUCGAUGCGAAGCCUGCUCAUCGACAAGCACAAGGGCCCCGACGGGCGGCCCCUUGUCGGGCGAGACGGGCAAGAGGUCGACACGAUUCGGGACCUGAAGAAGCUGUGUCAGGACCAGCCUAUCGCGGCUCACGACGCCUUUUGUGCGCUCAUCAACCUGUCUGACAGCCUGCUCGUUGCGAGGGACAUCGGAGACAAGGACUUUGUCGGCUUCCUCGUCCGCUACAUUGCCGAUCCUGUCUCGCUCCUGGCCGACCUGGCCGCCAUGCUCCUCUCCAACUUGACGAAACUCGAGUCGAUCGCGGCCAUCCUCAUCGAUCUCAAGCUGACAUCACAGCCAUUCUACAACUUCAUGUCGACACAGGACGCAGAGGCCACAAUCGACGCCAUGGACGUCGAGCCGACGGACCCCGAGUACGAGGCGAAAAAGGCCAGAGCAGAGGAGCACGCAAGGAGACUGACGGAAAAGGCAAAGAGAGCGGUGGAAGAGGAAGUGCCAGCGCUGAGCAAGCUCCUCGAUGCGUUUGAGGAGGGUGCCGAGAACGUCGCGGGGCGCACUGCGCAAGCGACAAUCGAGGAGAUGCGAAGUCGGGCGAGGGAUGUUCAGCAGCAGGACGGCAGCUCUGCAAGCGGAAGCGGACAGCAGGACGAGGUGCGCAGGGGUCCAGAUGGCCGGCCGCUAGUAAAGCGAAAGACCAACUGCAACUUUCUUGCGAGCGUCUUUGCAAAUGUGACGACUGUUCCAAAGGGGCGCGACUUCUUUGUCACGCCUUUGUCGGCUGCCUCUGCCGCCGCGUCCGCCUCAGCACAGGCCCAGAUGCAGGUCGCCACCCGGGACCAGUCCUCGGCCCCGCCCGCAAACGAGUACCCCGUCGCGCGGAUCAUGGCCUUCACAGAGCACCCCGAUCUAAUUCGGCGGGGCGGCGUGAUCUCGGCACUCAAGAACAUCCUCUUUCUCAAGUCGGCCCACAAGCUCCUCAUCGCCCCACCGCCUGCGUCUGCCUCCACGGGCAACGAGAAAGACGACCUUCUGGCGGGUGCGCUUCCCGCGACGAGCCGUCCACCUUCCUCGAUUGACGUCCUCCCUUUCCUCCUCUUGCCUCUCAUCGACGGCGCCGAGCUGGCCCAGGUCGACUUUGAGGACCAGGAAUCGCUCCCGGCCGAAUGCCAAAUGCUGCCAGAGACAAAACGGCGAGAAUCAGACCAGGCGCUGCGCAUGAUGCUCGUCGAGUGCUUGCUCCUCCUCUGCACCAAUCUCUACGGGAGGCAGUGCCUACGGGCUCGCGGAGCCUACGUCGUCGUUCGAGAGGCUCACCUCAAGGAGAACGACGAGAAGAUUGCCGAGGCCGUACUGAGGCUCGUCAACAUCCUCAAGAGGGACGAAUCGGAGAGCUCCAUCAACGACGACGAGGCAGAAGAGGACAUUGGUGCAGAGAAGGUGGAAGAGGACCCAGAGUCAGGAGACGAGGACCUUGUCAUUGAAGAGUUGUAACAAUGUAGAGAUGGGUCACAUUUGCAGAAGAUAUUUGAAGUGCAGUAAAAAUACAUUGGAGAAUUGCUGGGAGUGAGACUACUCCUCGAAUUGUACAGCCACCCAUUCUGUCCGCCACGAUCCCACCUUGUCGUCGUCGCCGUGGCAGUCCUCCCGACAGACAAAGACCAUUGCUGUGCUCCAGCUCAAGCCCGUUCUCUUGGGUAUCUUGCCCUCUCCGACCUCGUCGACGGUGCUCGGCUUUGUGCGUACCACACCGUCCUCGGACUGAGUCUGCUGAGGAAG